UACUCCCACUGCCUUAAUACUCCGAAAUAAGCAUGAUUUAGGAAAAUAUCCCAAGUUUCGUAAAAACUUGUGAAUCACCAUUGACUUUCUCCAAACCAAGUGCAAAGUCCAGCCCCUAACUGUGGCAGUAUCAUCAAUUUGUUGUGUUUCCUGUUUCAGAGUGCAGUCUCUGUAAACAUUGAAGCAGCUGAUGUCUGCGCGCGCCUUGCUGCUGGAGCGCAAUGAUAAGUGAAGGAAAAGCGCGAGUCUCCUCGGCAAUUGCGCGGAGCGACCACAUCUCCUUUCUGGAUGGAAACACACUGUACGUCUGGGGUGGAUGUCGGUGUGUGGAUGGAAAAGAAAUUUGUCAACCCAGUGAUGAGAUCUUGCUUUAUGAUAUGGAGAGUGGAGUCUGGUCCCACAGGCAUAUGGGCGGUGAGGUUCCUCCUGUCUUAUCACAGACAUGUGGAGCAUAUCUUCAGGGUGUUCUUUACAUUUUUGGGGGUUGUGAGCGCAGUGGCUACACCAACCAGAUGUACUGUGUUGACCUCUCGGACGGGGAAUACAACUGGAGAAAAGUGACGGACACAGUGGGAACGACUCCAUCUCCUAGGAUCAGACAUUCCUGUUGGGUCUACAGAAACAGGCUUAUCUACUUUGGCGGAUACAGCGGCAAAAUGGCCAGAGAGAUCAACAACUCCAAGAAAUUUAUAGUGAAUGAGACUUCCUGGACAACAAUCGGGUCGGAUGUUUUCCAGUUUUGGGGAUGGAAUAAUGAAGUACACAUGUUUGAACCUGAGUCAGCCACUUGGACAGAACCACAUACCCAGGGCCAAUCUCCAGAACCCAGAUCUUCCCAUGCAAGUGCUACUUUAGGUCAUAAGGGCUACGUGUGCGGAGGUCUGGAAACGCAGACGAUAGACAUUCAUUGUUUAGAUCUGAUGACGUGGAUGUGGACACAAAUUGACCAUCAGACUGGGACUCUCCCACGAGGUCGGACUCUUCACACGCUAACAGCCAUCUCAGAUCACCAACUUUUCCUGUUCGGGGGUCUCAGUACUUACGGGGAGGUUCUCAGUGAUGGGUGGGAAUUCAACACUAUAACAAAAGAAUGGAAAGCGAGAAACCACACGCACAAAGACAAACCUAGGUUAUGGCAUUCUGCCGACAAGGGGAGAGAUGGUGAUGUAGUCGUUUUCGGAGGAAGCCAGACCUUCACCUUUUUCAUGGAUUCAGUGGUGAUACUCAGGUCUCCUUCUCAAAGUCACUGUGGUGAUGUGCUGCUGUUUCAGACUCAACCAUACUCGCUGUCAAGAUUAUGCGAGGACAGCAUAGGAAAACAAACAGUAUCUGUUCAAGAGCAAAUGUCGUGGUUACCAGCCAAACUUCAGAAGACAAUUGGCAAGCGGAUAUCCUACUUUAUGAACAAUCCUUAAAAUGAAUAUGCACUUGCCUAUAAGUUUACAAGGACAGUUCUCAUUUCUUGAUUUAAAGUAUGAAUGUUUCUAUACAAAUCAAGUCAUGUUUAUAGCUUAUCACAAUGCAUAUUGUUUCAGAGCAGCUUCACAGAAAUGCAUCUCAAUGUUUGAAUAGCAUUCCAAUCAAUUAAAUACACUUGAAUGUAGAUAUCUAAAUAAUGUAGAUAAGUAUAUAAGAUAAUUAUUCACAUUCUAGAUAAAACCACAUUUUAACUGUAAAUACCUCUUUUGACUGUUUUCAGAGAAUGUGUGUUUUUGUUUAGGAUUAAAAAACUUUAAUAUAUUCACAGAUAUUUAGGAAACAUGUCAAGUUCACAUAUCUGAAAAAUAUUACUCUCUUUUUAAUGUUUUUUUUUGUUUGUUGAAAUUUGUGUUUUUGAUUUGAUCUGUGUGAUCCCGCCCACUGCUAAUUUACCCAAUAGUGUAUUUUCACAGUUCAGUUGCCAGUUAUCACGGUAACUAAAUCAGGGAUUCUCAACCUUUUCCACUUCAAAGCCCCCCUAUUGUCCACAACAGUAUUUGGAAGCCCUCCACCUAUACACUGUAAAAAAAUUCUGGAAAAAUUACAGUAUUACUGGGUAUUACUGGCAACUAGCUGCCAGUAACUUACUGUAGAUUUUACAUUUAUGUUAUUUACUGGCAACAUUUUGUUCAAAGUUAAAUGAACAUGAAAAAUGUUCAGACUUUAUCGUCUACAGUAAGUUACUGGCAACCAGCUGCAAAAUUACAGCAAAUUUUUUACAGUGUACAUUUUACCAAAUAAAAUAUACUAGAGCUUCACUGUUAAAAAAUUGGUUGGUUCAACUUAAAAAAGUAAGUGUUUGUAUUGCCUUAAAAGUGAGCGGAGUUAAUUCAAGAGAAAAGUUAAUUCAACAUUUUUACUAAGUUAACUUGUAUUUUUAAUUGAAUUAACUUAACUUGAAUUAUCUUAUUUUUAAGGCAGCACAAACACUUUUUUAAGUUGAACCAACAAAUCUUUUUUUACCGUAUUGGCUAGACAGAUUAUAUUUGAAAAGUUUGAUUCCAAAAUGCAAUAAAUCCAUUUGGACUAAUUUCGGUAAAAAUGUGUUUUCUAUACCAAGAAAGUGACAAGACUUUCACAUAGCAUCUUUAGGUUACAAUAACAUUAAAAAUUCAAAUCCAUAAUUUGAUUUUCAGAGAUUUAUUAUAAAAACUGAUAAUUUUUUCCACAAAAUGCAAUAAAUCCAUGACACGUUUUUUUUCCCCAAAAUGCUAUAAAUCUAUUGAAUCAAUAUAUAAAUGUGCAUUCAUCUUUGCCAUGUUAUAUUCAAUUAGUUGACAAGUGGUAUACACUGAUUAAAAAAAAUUAAACAUUAAUGGCAUUAAUCAAAACACUUACUUUGUCAUAUUAAGAACACUGUCAUUGGUGCUGAUAUACUUGGGAUGUCGUCACUGAACUUUUUUGACAGCAAUCAGCUGUAAAAUGUUAUUGUUUUUGUUUGUUUGUUGAUCACGAAUUACAAAGUAGAUGAGGAAAACUAGGAUUCAUGUGUAUUCAACAAGCCGCCCUUAUUGUUUACAAUGCGUGGAAUGGUGUGCUGUGAUUUGUUGAGUGGAUUUAUUGCAUUCUGCAGAGGAGGAUGAAUGCAGUUUAUUGCGUUUUGGGAAAAAAGAUGAAAGGAAUAACACGGCGGACCAGAUACAAUACUGAUUUUGGUGGUAACUCUUUUUUUUAAAUGCCGUUUAUCGCGUUUUGGAACCAAACUCUUCAUUUGUUACAAAAUAACAAGAAAUAUCUUGAUAUUUACUUGUUUUAGCUGAAUGUUUGCUUGUUUUAAGUCUUAUUUAGAUUUGUAGUCUUAUUUUAAAUAAUUUUAAGUCAUCUUAAGGCCCCUUUGAAAGUUUGCAGAGGCCCCCGCACCCUGGUUGAGAAACACUGAUUUAAAUGAGAGCGCAAUGGCCCAUAAAUGGAACCUUUAG